AUGGCACAGCUUCUACUUCUCUCUGCGCUGGUGUUUUUUCUCCAGGGCACUUGUGCGACCAACUAUGGUCGACCCUCAGUAAGACGCUUUCACCGGCUCACCAGGACUUCAGAGUCCUUAGUUCAAGCUGGACAUGCCUCUCAGGUUUAUCUGACCCCUGAUCAGCUGCGAAGGCUACAUUUCAAACCUACUGUGGGCUCCAUCCGCCUCUCCGAGGGCCAUGAGGCCAUUUUCAACUGCUCCAUCGAAGUGCCAGACCCACGACUGGAGCCCAUCAUAAUCUGGAUCAAGAACGGACAGGAGCUGGUUCCAAACUCACACCUGGUCAACAACGACCUGCAGACGGUCACUGACGGAGUCACCACUCUGCUCUCCGCCAUCAAAAUACAACAGGUUCAGAGAUCAGAUGCAGGUGAAUACCGCUGUCGACUGAGCAUCAUGAAUUCAUUGGUCGAAUCUCAGCCAAUCAUCAUUGAUGUGGAAGGUCUGCCCACAUUUAUACAGCAGCCAGAGGACAGAAAUGUGACGAGGAAUGCUCCCUUCACCCUGUCCUGUGAGGCGGUGGGACCUCCGGAUCCGGUGCAGAUUCGGUGGCUCCGGGACGGUUCUCCUGACAGCGACUUUCACAACUCGCCCAGCAGCUACUCUGUGUCAGGUGUUGACAGAUUCACGCAGUUCAGUUGUGAAGCCUACAAUAAGAAAGGCGUCACGACAUCACGAGAGGCAAACGUCCACAUUAAAGCUCUGCCUCGACCUGUGUCCAACGUUACAGUGAUGGAGAGGCAGUCCAGUAAGAUACGCCUCAGCUGGACUCCUGGGCACGACGGCUUCUCUCCUCUUACUAAAUGCCUCAUAAGAGUAAGAGAGAUAAGUCGUAGGAAAGGGGAAGUGAUGACCACCCGCUUCGUGAAUGUGUCCGUGCCUCCGUUUGAGCGCGAGGUCUCGGGGCUCCAGGCCAUGACAUGGUACAACAUGAGCGUCUCCUGUAGCAACGAGCUGGGGCCCUCUGCAGUCUCCAUGUGGAUCCAGAGCAACACAACUGAAGGAGUGCCCUCUGUGUAUCCCAGAAAUGUCUCUGUCUUCCUAAAUGAGUCGUCGCUGAUGAUCAAAUGGAAGCCACCACCAGAUGACAAAAUAAAUGGUGUCCUAAACGGCUACAAUAUCAUCAUUAGACAUGCAGGACAAAAGAGUAUGAUCCACAGUUACACCACCUCUGUGUCGGUGCCGCUGCAGGACUUCAACACGACGUACAGUGUGGAGGUUUCUGCGUGCACUCAGGCCGGCAGCGGCAUGAUCAGCCCUCCAGUCUGGAUCUACGUGCCAGAGGACAAGUCAGUCCCUUUCCCGUCCUCCAGCCCAGACACUGUUGUCUCAGACUCGGUGUAUGUCGUGUUGGGAGUGGUGUGUGGGAUCUGUCUGCUGCUGCUGGUGCUCUGGGGAGGCCUCUGCGUCCGCAACAGGACCCCUGGAUCCUGGCUCUGGAAGCAGUUUGGAGACAGAGACAAACUGGAGCCAGUCAUACUGUACAAUCCACAGCGGUCCUAUAAUAGAUCUGCUGUAGGAAUCACACUGAGUAAUCUUGGCAUUAGCGACCAACUCCAGGCCAAACUCCAAGAUGUGAUGGUCACAAGAAACCUGCUGUCCAUUGGAAAAAUCCUUGGAGAAGGUGAAUUUGGUUCUGUGGUGGAGGGCCAGUUUAGACAACCAGAUGGAAACCUCGACAAGGUUGCUGUGAAGACUAUGAAAUUGGACAGUUUUUCUCAAAGGGAGAUUGAAGAAUUCCUAAAUGAAGCCGCCUGCAUGAAAGACUUCAGCCACCCGAAUGUCAUCAGACUGCUCGGUGUUUGCUUAGAAAUGGGCCCAGGAAACUUUCCCAAGCCCAUGGUCAUAUUGCCUUUCAUGAAAUACGGAGAUCUUCACAGCUUUUUGCUUCGCUCGCGUCUUGGAGAGAGCCCAAUGUAUUUACCCACUCAGACAUUGUUGAAGUUCAUGGUGGACAUCGCUCUGGGGAUGGAGUACCUGAGCAAUCGCAACUUUCUGCACAGGGACCUGGCUGCACGGAACUGCAUGUUGCGUGAUGACAUGACUGUCUGUGUGGCGGACUUUGGCCUGUCUAAAAAGAUCUACAGUGGAGAUUAUUACAGACAAGGCAGAAUAGCUAAAAUGCCAGUCAAAUGGAUUGCUGUGGAAAGUCUGGCAGACCGUGUUUUUACUGUAAAGAGUGAUGUGUGGGCCUUUGGUGUUACAAUGUGGGAAAUUGCUACUCGAGGCAUGACACCUUAUCCUGGAAUCCAAAACCACGAGAUUUAUGACCAUCUGCUUGAAGGACACAGACUGAAGCAGCCACCAGACUGUUUGGACGGACUGUAUGAAAUAAUGUACUUGUGCUGGAGAGCUGACCCACAGGACCGACCCGUCUUCUCGCAGCUCAGGGAAAUGUUGGAAAAACUUGCUGAGAAACUUCCAGAUGCCUCCAGCAAAGAGGACAUAAUUUACAUAAACACAAGUUUCCCUGAAGAAGACCCAGACGGUGCAGAAUAUGAUCUGGAGCAUGCUGCCUUUGACUCCUCCCCCUCUUGUAGCCACCACCAGAGGGCAGCCGAGAGCUCGGUUGUCACAGCUGACAUUCAUGGGAGUUUGGGUGACGAAGAGGAAGAUGGGGAAGAUCGAUAUGUUGUGGUCAUUUCCUCUGAUCCGUCUCUAAGACCUGCAGCAGCCAACGUUCCACUCUUAACAAAUGACACCGCAAGUCGAGUGAGUGGACACAGCGACCCCAGCACAAGUGAUAAUUCUUCACUGUUGUGA